CCGUUCUGGUGACUCCUCAGCUCUUGCCUCGCGCGCCCUGUCCUCCCUUCUGCCUUUCUGCUCUUCUCUCCGCACUCCCUGCCUGCCGAGGCGACCCAGGACCGGACAGGAUCUCGAAGGACGCCACAGCCAGCGCAGCAUCCGUGAAAAGUUGCUGAAGCACCUAGAAGAGAGCUACUGAGUUGAUGGAGAUUCCUACUAGUGAUGGAAGUUGCUCAGAGGGAACCUUUUCCUAUCUCACACCGGAGAGAGGACGUGUCCUACAGUGUGCUAGUGGGAGCCACCUCAGCAGCCUCAAGCAAGACAUCGUAAAUGAAAAGACAGAGCUAGAGGCAGCGCUUAAGGAAGCUGAGUCGGCAUCCUCUUCAGUCGAAUUACUUUUGCCGCUAUUUAAGAACACCGUGGAAGGAAUUAGUUUAGAAAAUGUUAAUCUUUCUGCAUCCAGUUUGAAGAAGAUUUUUGAACAGCAGGAAAUAUUAGCAAAAGAACUAGACACUUUUAACCGUGUGAAAUUAGCCAUAGAACAACUUCUCAAACAGACACACUACGAACAAACAGGAGAGAGCCCGCCCAGCUUGUUGAAGGACCUCAGUGACAACGAGAGCGAGAAUGCUAGUCUUAAGAAGAAGGUGCUUGAAAAAGACACCUAUAUCCAAGAGCUUUCAUGUCUGUUUCAGAAUGAAAAGGAAAGUGCUUUGAAAGCAAACCGGUUUUCUCAGUCAGUCAAAGUGGUACAUGAUCGUCUACACCUCCAAAUUCAGAAAAGGGAGGCUGAGAACGAUAAGUUAAAAGAGCAUGUAAAGAGCUUGGAAGCCCAAAUAGCCAAGUGGAACUUGCAGGUGAAAAUGAAUAAGCAGGAGGCUGUAGCCUUCAAAGAAGCAAGUCGGGAGAAAGCUGCGGCUCUGCAAAAGGCUUCAAAAAUUUACAGACAACGGCUAAAGCACUUUACAGGGGACAUUGAACUCCUCACUUCCCAGAUCAGAGAUCAGGAAGCCAAGUUGUCUGAAAUGGUUUCAGCUUCCAAUGCCUGGAAGAGUCAUUAUGAGAAAAUUGUAAUAGAAAAAACCGAGCUGGAAGUUCAGAUCGAAACAAUGAAAAAGCAAAUCAUUAAUCUUAUGGAAGAUUUGAAGAAAAUGGAAACUCAUGGAAAGAAAUCUUGUGAAGAAAUUCUUAGAAAACUUCACUCACUUGAAGAUGAAAAUGAAGCCCUAAAUAUUGAAAAUGUGAAAUUAAAGAGUACACUUGAUGCUUUGAAGGAUGAAGUUGUUUCUGUUGAAAAUGAACUUGUGGAAUUGCAGGAAGUAGAAAAACAACAGAAAACUCUCAUUGACGUCUAUAAAACUCAGAUACAAAAGUUGCAAGAAGCUGCUGAAAUGGUAAAAAGCAGAUGUAAAAAUUUGCUACAUGAGAAUAACCUAAUAAUAAGAAACAAGAAUAAGAGGUUAGAGAAGGUUGAUAGGAACCAUAGCCUUCUAACCAAGCUUUCUCUUGAGGAAGAGAAUUAUCUCAUUCAGUUAAAGUGUGAGAACCUGAAAGAAAAGUUAGAGAAAAUGGAUGCAGAGAACAAGGAGCUGGAGAAGAAGCUGGCCGACCAGGAGGAGUAUCUGAAGCGCAGCGACCUGGAGCUGAGAGAGAAGGCUGCAGAGUACGCAGUGCUGUCCAGGCAGCUGGAAGCCGCUUUGGAAGACGGGAGACAAAAGGUUUCUGAAGAAGUAGAGAAAAUGUCAUCUAGAGAGAGGGCUUUACAAAUUAAAAUAUUAGAUCUGGAAACUGAGCUUAGAAAGAAAAAUGAAGAACAAAAUCAACUUGUUGGCAGAAUGAACAGUAAAGCCCAACACCAAGAUAUCUGUUUGAAAGAAAUACAGCACAGUCUUGAGAAGUCGGAGAAUCAAAAUGAGAGCAUUAAGAAUUACCUGCAGUUUCUUCAGAUUUCCUAUGUAACGAUGUUCAGAUAAGUUGUUGAAUUCAUGACCGCUGAUUGUCAUACUUUAGGUUUAUAGGUUACCAGUGUUAGGGUUUGUAUGUGAAGAUAAUUGAGACAUAAUUUAUUAUAUGAUUGAAACUUUAAGAAAUGAUAACUCUUAGUAUUCCUUUGUGGUAGAUAAUUUGCAUCGAACUCUGGUUUAAUUCUCUUCUAAAAAAAUUAAUUUUUAAAGUAUUUUUAUCUAUAUAUGCAAGAAUCAGAAUUAUUCUUAUGAACCAUUGAAUAAAUUUGUAAUAAUCUAGGCCAAUUAUGAGCCAAAUACAUGGUUUUAAAUAAUGUGUUUGCUUGUUUUAUAUUGUAAUGCUAUAUAAAUAAAAUAUUUAGAAAUUUAAUUUUAAUAAUGAUAUAACAUGUUCUAAAGAUAGCAAAUGUCUCACCGUACUUUAUAUUGCUCCGAGUAUAUGUUGAGUUCCCAUCAUCGUUUCUAUGUGACUUUAUAUGUAAACUAUUAAAUCAUAACUAUCCAGUGCCUGCUGA